GAAGGAGGCAACUUCCCACUACAAAAUGCCACUCACUCCUGUGAUCACUCAACUCAAACCCAACACUCAACUUCACUUCACCGCCGUCUUCCUCCGCCGCCGCUGCCGACGACGACGGUUGCUUACUACUCCGAUCCACCACCGGUGACUGAGUAACCAAAGUGUGACGAUGGCAACUGUAACGGCCUCAUCAUACGCGGUGUCAAGAAGCGCGUGCCUCAACCGCCAUGGAAGAACAGACUCUGCUGCUGCCAAAGUGAAUUCGGUGACUCUCGGUGGCCACGCGCUGGUUUACGAUGGGUUGAGAUCUCUCAACAAGUUGCACGUGCGAUCCGCACGUGCGGUGAAAGGCUUGUCGUCGACGGCGAGUGACGGAGGAGCCGCGCGUGGUAAGGCUUCCGGGGAGGUUGUGUGUGGGAUGAACUUGGUGUUCGUCGGAGCUGAGGUCGGACCUUGGAGCAAAACUGGUGGACUCGGUGAUGUUCUUGGAGGACUUCCACCUGCUUUGGCAGGAAAUGGGCACCGUGUGAUGACAGUGUCGCCGCGGUAUGAUCAAUACAAGGAUGCAUGGGACACCAAUGUGACGGUGGAGGUCAAAGUUGGAGAUAGAGUAGAAACUGUCCGUUUCUUUCACUGCUACAAGCGAGGAGUUGAUCGUGUUUUUGUGGAUCACCCAAUGUUCCUUGAGAAGGUUUGGGGCAAAACUGGGUCGAAACUCUAUGGCCCUACGGCUGGAGUGGAUUAUGAAGAUAACCAACUUAGAUUCAGCUUGUUGUGCCAGGCUGCACUUGAGGCACCUAGGGUUUUGAACUUAAAUAGCAGCAAAUAUUUCUCUGGACCAUAUGGCGAAGAUGUAGUCUUCAUUGCUAAUGAUUGGCACACUGCUCUUCUUCCAUGCUACUUGAAAUCAAUGUACAAGUCCAGGGGGAUUUACCAAAAUGCAAAGGUUGCGUUUUGUAUUCAUAACAUAGCCUACCAGGGUAGGAAUGCCUUUUCAGACUUCUCUCAACUCAAUUUACCUAACCAAUUCAAGAGCUCUUUCGACUUUACUGAUGGGUAUGACAAGCCUGUGAAGGGAAGGAAAAUUAAUUGGAUGAAGGCUGCUAUAUUAGAAUCCAAUCGAGUGUUCACUGUAAGUCCGUAUUAUGCCCAGGAACUUGUUUCUGGAGAGGACAGAGGUGUGGAAUUGGACAAUAUUAUUCGUAAAACUGGCAUCACUGGUAUCGUGAAUGGCAUGGAUAUCCGAGAGUGGAGUCCAGAAACUGAUAAGUUCAUAGAUGUACACUAUGAUGCAACAACUGUCACUGAAGCGAAAUCUCUGCUGAAAGAAGCUCUUCAAGCAGAGGUUGGCUUGCCUGUUGACAGGAAUAUCCCUUUGAUAGGGUUCAUUGGCAGGCUAGAAGAGCAGAAAGGUUCAGAUAUCCUUGUAGAAGCUAUCCCUGAGUUCAUUGACCAGAAUGUUCAGAUAAUAGUUCUUGGAACUGGCAAGAAGAUCAUGGAGAAGCAAAUUGAACAACUGGAGGAAACGUAUCCUGAUAAGGCGAUAGGGGUUGCGAAAUUCAACGCUCCCUUGGCUCACAAGAUUAUUGCCGGAGCUGACUUCAUAGUGAUCCCAAGUAGAUUUGAGCCCUGUGGUCUGGUUCAAUUGCAUGCUAUGCCAUAUGGAACGGUGCCCAUAGUGUCAUCAACUGGUGGACUCGUUGACACUGUAAAAGAAGGUUAUACUGGAUUCCACACGGGAGCGUUCAAUGUAGAAUGUGAAACUGUUGAUCCAGCCGAUGUGGAUAAGUUAGCCACUACUGUUAAGAGAGCCCUGCAAACCUAUGGUACCCCGGUCUUGAAAGAGAUGAUCCAGAACUGCAUGGCCCAAGACUUUUCAUGGAAGGGACCAGCCAAACAAUGGGAAAAGGCGCUAUUGAGCCUAGAGGUUGCUGGUAGUGAAGCUGGAAUAGAUGGGGAAGAGAUUGCUCCUCUUGCAAAGGAAAACGUCCCUACUCCUUGAGCAUCACCAUUGAGACGUUGCAAUCUAAUUGUAGAAGUAACAUCAACUCAUAAUGAGUUCUGACGAAGGGACUUGGUCGACGCUGGAACCUCAGCUUAAAUGUUCCCUUCAAGCAACGUAUUGAACAAACUAACAUAAGGUUUUUUUAUAAGUUAGUUCUUGUAAGCAAUCAGUGAAAUCUGAAGCUCUGCUAAGUUAAAAUGCAGUAUAAUAAGUGAAUAAAGAGGUCGUGCCGAUGUUGUCGAA